ACCUCAACGUAUGUGUCCCAAAGUCUCUUUGCCUUGUGCAACUUCACAACUUCAGUAAGCUGAUUAGAGGGAAAGCAUUUGGAUUAAGGAGUGAAACAACAUUACUUCUGUCUUAGAAACAACAUAUUUUAGGUUUCAUCUGGGUGGGAACACGUCUCUUACUUUAAUCAAAUGCAGCAAGCCCACUGAUCUGCCAAUUAACAUCAUAUUGAGCACAACCCAACACAACGAUGGCAUCGGCGUUCCUGCCAGCACUGGGUCGUUUGGCCGUAUGUGGUGGUACCCAUGGCAAUGAGCUGUCAGGUGUGUAUCUGGUGCAGGAGAUGGAGCGACAGAGGAAAGAGAAGGGAGACGGCGCAUGGCCGAUUCCCGUAACAACUGUUCUGUCAAACCCACGCGCUGUGAAAGAGUGCAGAAGAUAUAUUGACACAGAUAUGAAUCGCUGCUUCAGCAGAGCCAUGCUGAGUUCUCCUAUUACAGACAGCAGCCCAUAUGAACUCCAACGAGCUCAGGAACUGAACAAUCUGCUGGGACCGAAGGAGUCUGCAGAUGCAAUAGACAUGAUUUGUGACCUCCAUAACACCACAUCUAACAUGGGCCUCACACUCAUCCAUUACACAUCCAGUGACUGGGUGACCCUGCACAUCUACAAAUACUUACAGACUAAGAUAACCAAAGUGCCUGUGAGAGUGCUGGUACUGGAUUUCCAGAUUAGUGAUGCAUAUAACUUGGAGUCUGUAUCCAAGCAUGGCACUACAAUAGAGGUCGGGCCACAGCCACAUGGUGUCAUCAGGGCUGACAUCUAUUUCAUUAUGAAAGAGGCCGUCGACAUGACAAUUGACUGGAUCCACAAAUUCAACUCAGGAACAGUAUUUGAAGGCGGAGAUAUGGAAGCCUUCAAGUUUAACAAAAGUAUUGAUUAUCCCAGAGAUCCCAAGACUCGGACUCUCACAGCUGCCAUUCAUCCUCAGCUGCAGGACAGAGAUUUCUGUCUCCUCAAGCGGGGUGACCCUUUGUUUUUAUCAUUUUCUGGAGAAACUGUGAAGUACGAAGAAGAAGAGCCACUUCAUCCUUUCUUUAUCAAUGAGUGUGCUUACUAUGAAAAGGGAAUCGCUUUUCACUUGGCAAAAAGGUUGACACUGACGAUUCCAACGGUGCAAGUGCAGAAACACUGAAGAAGAGAGGAAAAGAUCAGAAUGUCUCAAAUGAUUUUAAAAAAAAUGUUCAAUAAUUUAUAACUCAGGUAUACAGUAUGUAAUUAUUUGUAGCUUUAUGAAAAUUAAAUGCUAAUUUUCAUCUGCUACUAAACUUAGGAAAAUUGUAAAUAAUUGUAAAAUUGUGCUUACACAGCAAAACAGACUUGUCCAUUUUGUAAAAGGAAGGAGAAAAUGCAUAUCUUCGUUCUUUGCAUAGCCAUGCAUUCAAUCACAAAUUACUUUUUUAGCACAAAUUCAUCUACAAUAUCCUUUACAAAAAACAAGUAUACUUCAAGUUAAUUUUAUUAAGUAUACUUAAGUAAAGUUAACUUUUAUGUAUAUUUUAAAGUAUACUAAUAUCAAUUUACUAGUAUUAUACUUGUAAGUGUACUUUUUUAAUACUACUUGGGACUAAAUUGGCCCACUUUUUAGUGUAUAAAAGUAUACUUUUAAGUAUACUUUAAGUAUAACAGAGUAAACCUUGAGUACACAACUAAUUUACAACUCAUUGGCACAGUGUUUCUCCUGUUUUCCUCCUCAGUCUUGUUGGGAAUGUUGAGGCGGUUUCAUCUGAUUUAAAACUAAUUUAAUCAUAAAGUGAUUUGUGGUUUGUAACCGAGAGGUGUGUGUCGAAUUGAAACGCCUCUCAGUGGAUGUCGCAACGCUGUUUAAUAAUGGUAUCCGUGACAGGGAAUAAACGCAGCUCCUUUAAGCUUUCGUUCCGUUAUCCACUGGGCUGUGUUGCGUAGUUCAAAGUAAACUAGUGAAACACCUGAGAACACCGCUAUUUGUUCUGUGUUUGCUGUUUGAGAAACCACUUCAGAUGAUUCAGUGACAUAGUGGUCCGAACAAAUUUAAAUAAUUUCAAAUCGUUAUGCAAGUGUGUUUGCCCAAUAAUUAAAUUAACGUUUCCGCAUUCUCUGCAGAAACAAGAAAUUCACGCCUGUCAGCAAAACACAUCAUCUGGGGGACUAUAGACAGCUCCAGGGAUUUCAUGAAAACUACAGAUUAUACUUCCGCAUUUUUGUAUCCCCGCCCACAGACAAUUGGAUGGGAAGAGGGUUAUUAACAAAACAGUUAUUGUAAGGGUAAAUUUAUCACUGAAAAUGAUGUUGUACUCAGUUCAACUCUUUAAACAGCAUUAUGGUAAAAAUAGAACACUAUGGCAGCAGCUUUCUUACCUGUACGCGACAGAGUUUUGCUUGGGGGGUUGGGCUUAAUUUUCUGUUGUUGUUUUUUUCCACUCCGUUUGGCCUAAAACACUGUGUUCAUGGUCAUCCAGGUUUAAAUGUUGACUACAAACAUGGAAGUUUGUCAUGUUAAUAAUUUUGCAUAUUGUUGGGCUUUUGCAGCUUAUGGUAAUAUUAAUAAAUAUUUUUGUUUCAUUUUAA